GGCCCGUGCUGUUCUACUAGUAUUACAGUGCCACCACGGCCGCUUCUUUGGUUUUCUGGCGGGUGUCUUUCUUAUUUGUUGACUAGAGUGGGAUAUUAAUCGUAUCGCAGUGUAAACUGCCACAGAACCUGCAAUUUGGGCAAUCGUAAGAAAAUGCCUUUGUUCAGCCCAGCGAUCUCAAAAAAAAAGCCUAUCCCACAGGUGAAGGGAGGACCCCGCAGCAAGAACCUACCCUUAGCUGAACCGUCAAAUGAUGAUGAUGAUGACGAUGAUGAUUGCGAAGAAGAUGGUGAUGAUACAGAUGAUGAUGAUGAUGACGGCGCAGAUUUUGAUGAGGAUCUCGAUGAGAUAGACGAAGAUGUUAGCCUUGACGAUGAGGAUGAAUCAGAUGACGGGGUUGACGAACAGCCGGUGCCGAAAAAGCAGAAGCUCAAUGGGGCCGGCAAAGCCAAAGCUAAGGCUAAAACUCCAAAGCAAGAGGAUUUAAAACACGAGAAGGACAAACCCGGUAAAAAGAAGGACGGGAACAAAGUUGACGAGAAAAAUAAAGAAGCAAAAAAGUCCAAGGAAGCCACUGAUUUGCUUAAGAAGGAAAAAGACAAACAGCCCGUAGAAGAUCGAGCCGCUGCUGUCGGGCCACUGACCGAAGUAGAAACUAAAAUGUUUGCCGACAACUUCCGUGCAAUGUCUGCCACAUCAAUUUUUGUAGGCAAGUUGCCUGAAGAUGCUACUGAAGAAGAGCUGAAGAAAUUGCACCCGGCAAUUCGCGUCGUCCGCCGUCCUGUUACCCGCAAAGGUCUUCCCAGAACAUUCGCUUUCCUUAACUUUCCAAAUAAAGAAACAGCAGACCGCGCUCUCAAAGAGAUUAACUCCAAAGGUCCAGUAAAAAUCCGUGGCCAGGAGGUUCUCGUCAGUGAAAACGGCAAUGGCCAGUGUCAUCCACCGGGACUUGUCGACCGGCGCAAGCUGAAAAUUUACGGGUGCCCUAAGCACGUAUCAAAGGAGGAAAUCCAGAAGAAAAUGGGAUGUGUAGAUGUUCUUCUAAGUGAACGAGACAAGGGUCACGCCAUCGAAGCUGUCGCAAUCUAUCGAACUUCAGCUGAUGCCAAAAAGGUUCUUGCCUCUCACCAGACUGUGACGUUGAACGAGGCGAUCUGCGCUAUAUUCUACCUGAACAUCUCGCACAACGUCAAGCAACACGAGAGGAAAAAGGAUCGCAAACAGGCCAUUAAAAAAGAAGUAAAAGAACGGAAGGCCCGGGCCAAGGCUCGAGUUGCCGAGGCCCAGGAUGACCUAGAUGAUGAAAAUGAUGAUGAAGAUGGAAAUGACGGAGGUGAUUCGGUUGAGGUUGAAACGAGUAACCCCCAAAAGCCGCCGAAGAAGUCCGCGGUUAAGCAGACUAGUAUUGAAGGUACCAAUAAGAAACUGAAGCGCUCAGCACCGCAGGACACCGAUGACGAAGAAAGCGAAAAUGAGGAAGACAACGACGGUGAUGAUGUAGAAGAGGCGCCACCGGUGCCCAAAAAAAAGAGCAUGAAAAAGGUGUCUAUGAAGACACCACAAAGGACUCUCUCAAAAGAGCCCAUGCAAAAAAAGUCACCUCGUAAGGGAACUCCGUUCAAGCACAAUGGCUUGGCGAGUAAAUCACCAGCAAAAAAGAUAAAAGUCUGAAACUCUCUUCGAUUAGUUAAAACACGGAAGUCCAGCCGCCAUCUUUAUAUACGUUAAGAAACACCACUUAGAAAAAAAAAAACUAUGGUUGUUUGGCUAAUCGUUCUGACAUUACAAGUUAUCUGUAAUAACACACGAGUCAUACAUCCAUGCACAAGAAUACCCACAAAUACAAACAUAACUAUUUUUCUUGUUUUUGAAUAUGUACAAACUUGUCUUGAGCAUGUGACACGUCAGAGUUUUAUUUGGUGGUAGAGCGACUGCUAUGGUCAGUGAGUUUGAGCUAUUCACGAGGCGUCGGCGUGUGACGUGCAGACUCAUGCUGCAGCUGCGGGUUUUCAUUUUGUAUCUAUCACAUUUUUUAGUGAAGUUUGCAUAAUAAGGAAAAUCAUGUUGAUUCAUUUCAAUGCGAACGAUAACAGAGCAGAACAUUUUCGGUGUUAAUCUGAAUUUUUGAUUAUCCGAUGGGAAUUUCCAAUCUUCUACUUCUAUAUGCAUUGGUUUAGGCAGAGAAUUCGUCAUUGAAUUAGUCCUUUAGAUAGUAAUUUCACUUUUAGUUGAAUUUUUCCUUUUGUUGCUACAUCAUGCUAUUUGAUUGCAGAAAUAUAACAUAAAUAAAAUGAUCGGUAGUCAAGAAAGGAAUAAAAGUUCAUCAACACUCAAAAACGCAUACCUACAUUAUGAUCGUUGUAAUGUACAUAAAGUGUCUCUUCGUAUCUCGUUAACAGAGGAAUAAAGCCGGAGAAGAUUGUUCGAUGAUGCUCUCCAAAGGUG